AUGAUUACCUCAAAGAAGCUUAUGAGAAUGACAAGAAAGUGGCAGAAGAUGGCAUCCAUUGGAAGGAAAAGAAUUGCUUCAACAAGGCCUACUAGAAAGAUGGCUGCUGCUAAUCAUUCUAAUAAAUCAUCCAUAGUUGAUAAAGGCUGUUUUUCUAUCUACACAAUGGAUAAGAAACGUUUUGUGAUUCCCUUGGCGUUUCUCAGCAAUAGCGUUUUUCGUGAACUGUUUAACAUGUCUGAAGAGGAGUUUGGACUGCCAAGUGAUGGGCCUAUAACAUUGCCAUGUGAUUCAGUUGUCAUGAAUUACAUUGUCUCCAUUGUGAAACGAGGAUUAGCAAAGGAUUUGGAGAAAGCAGUGCUCAAUUUCAUUACUACUUAUAGUUGUUCAUUGGACACUUAUGCCGAUCAAGGACAUGCAGAUCAACAAUCAGUACUUGUUUGUGGAUUCUAA